AUGGAUCAUGGAGCGCAACUCUCAAAACAAGAGAUGUCAUAUUCAAGACAAACAAAAAAUCGAACUUGGUCGAUUACUAUGCUUAGAAGAGAUGGCUCAAGAAAUCUGUUCAAAAAAGGCAAGCUUACAUUUCAAUGGAUUGAAUUAAGGGAUCGAGAUGCGCAUGAUGUCGAUGAAGCCAUUUCCAGGCUCAAUGAACACAGCAAAAUCAAGCAAAAGAUUGAAAAACAACGUUCGAAGAUCGGUUCUGAAGCGAUCUUGAACAAUCUGAAUGGUAAACAAUUACAUUUAUAUCUUAGACCGACACAAGAACAAUACCAGAUUUUGAAAAUAUGGUAUGCAAAGCAAGAAGUUCGUAAUCAGUUUGUGGCUAUUUGUGAGCAGAAACGGCCACUGGAGGUUAGCCGACGCGAUGGGAAGAAUUCCAGCAUUGGUUACAAUGACAAAACUCACUUGCUUAAGUCACUCCGCGACCAGGCCGCGAAAUUGAAGACAAAACUGGAGAUCUAUCAGAAGCUGGUAGUAUCGUAUUCUACCACUUCUCCACAUCAAUCACAACCGCCAAGCAUCUCCUACCUCGACCUUCUCAAAAUCGACUUUGAUCACUCGUUUUGGAACGAUGGCCUGUUUACCAACGGACGUGAGCCUUGGGCAGUCGAUGCUAACACACAGCACGGAAUGCGCCAGGUUGCAUACUAUGAUCGAGCCAAUGAAGAGAUCCGUCGAUUGGGGUGGGAAGUUAGAAGAGUGAUGCGAUGGUCGAUUGAUUUGCACAAUACCCUAUCAACUCAUCUUUGUCGACUUCAGGCACAGGGUCCUCCUGAGGAAGAUCACCUUCCACUGGUUGAUCAUCCGGCUUUUAAAUCGCUUAGCAGUGCUGGUAAGAUCAAAGCUUCAUGUAUCAUCUUGAAUGAAAGGCUAGUGCGAAUAUUCAACUUGCAAGCUGACUGGAACAAGUGUCUGGGUGAGGUACUUCAUAACACGCCAUCGCAAGAAGGCGACAUCGAUCUGAAAUUGAGCUGGAAAAAUCAAAUUCAAACAAUUCAUCAUAUGUACUCACAGGAUGCGAUUUCAUUGAAUCCAGGUAUAGUGACUAAUUUGUGGGCGGUAAAAAAUACUCAGGCAACUAAUCAACUAGAUGAUGAAGUCAUACCUAAUCAUGAUUAUACAAGUGAAGGUGUUACUAAUACUGAUGGAGAUUUGAAUGGAGACUCAAGUGAUGAAGACAUCGAUCUGGAAUGGGAGGAUCUUAAUGAAGCAAUGAUGUGA